AAUUCCACUGGAUUUUCUCUCAAAUAGUUAUGAAGUAGGAAUACUCAUCAUUCAUUUAUUAAUUUACAAAUGAAAGUCCACCAAUAAUUUAAUCUGAAACGUGCUCCCAUCCGAUCCGAUAUGAUAUGAUCCUCCCUCCUCAUCAGCAAACUUAAGUCCUCAGUCUACUCAAUUAUAUGGUUUACUUUGCUCUCUGUAACUUUUACUCUCUACUCUUUGAACUAUUUAAUAAAAAUACAAGCAUGUAGAUUAAGUUUGGCCAAGCCCAGCCCAGCCCAGCCCAAUCCAAUCCAACCCAACUCAUCGCGGCCUGGCCGCUACUGUAACGGCUAACUAGUUACUCAGUCACUGGACCCCACCAAUUAAAGCCGAAAAAUCUCUCUUGCCCUCUCACGUUUGGGCUUUUUAUUCCUCCUCGUGUUUUUCCUCACUCCCUCCUGCUCUGUGCGGUCUGAUCGCCAAAUGUUUCAGUCGCAGCAGCAGCCGCCAUGGACGCUGAGCCUUCGAGUCAGAGCAAGAAACUUGGAUUUUAAAAUCAGGGCUGCGACCAGGAGGAUCGCGCCUCUUCCGAAGCUUUUGCAAUUAACAGUCCACUUGAAGAUCUGCCGCUAUCUCUUCGAAUUCAAAUCCAAUCCCAAAUCCUCUUCAUCCCGGAGUCCAAAAUCCUUGUGGCUCAGACUAACCCGCCGCACCUUGAGGAUUUUCCACGGAAGGCGUUUCAAAAGCAAAUGCAUUGCGAUCAGAAACUGGUGGCCUGAUAAGGUAUCGCCAAUGCAUCAGCCUAAUUCUUAAUUGAUUCUUGAAUGAAUCUGUUAAUCAGAGUAGUGGGUGGAUCAGUUUGUGCAGCGGAGCCAUUACGUACAUAGAAGACGCAGGAGCUGGAUUUGGAUGUGGCGGAUUCUGAUAUUUGCAACGGUUUGGUGCUGCUGCUGCUGCUGCUGCUGCUUUAUAAUUGUGUUGGCGAGGAGAAAGUGGAAUUCCUACUUGAGGAAACGCUUUGUGUGGAGACUUGUUCUCAAGGCAUGGGAAUCAAUGCUGCAUCGUCUUCUUCCUUGUGCGGCUCGAUUCCAAUUUUCAGAGGUGAGGAGAGGAGACAUAUCUCAGCUUUAACCGUGAGGAUGCGUUUCGUUCUUAUGAAUGGAAUGGAGAUUGAUUGAUUCUACAGACAGAUGCAUGUUGUUAUUUGAUGAUCAGGUAAUUUUGGAUAGGAUUUGGCAGUGGGUGAUGAUGAGUUUGUGGCAGUGAGUCCCAUGAUCCCAUCCCAUCCCAUCCUAUCCACGAAGAAAGGAUCAGAAGCAGGCGAGAGGAGAGGAGAGGAGACGGCGGGAGGGAUUAAGUAAACCAACCACAACCAGGUACGGGUACAGGCACCGUAAAACUGAAACUGUAGUGUAGUGUAGUGUAGUGGAGAGGAGACAGGAACUGGAACUGGAACUGGAACUGGAGUGAGGGAUCGAUGGAGAUGAGAUGACUGAUGAUGACGAUGGUUAGUAGUGGAUAGAUAUUAAGGGAGGGAUGUGAAUGUGACCUGAUGCGAUGGAUAGGUAAUUAAUUGGGUGGUAUGGAAUUCAUUCAUUCACACAAAGUGCAGUUUUGAAAUUUCUUACCGGCUUUUGAAGAUAAAUUAAUAGUCUACUAAUUCAAACUAUGGACGGAUUGAUAGAUAUAGAUAUUAUUCCAUGGUGUGGGGCGGGGAAGGGGAAAGCUUGCUUGUUGUAAUCGGAUACAUUACUCAGAUUUAUAACACGAAUGAAUGAAUGAAUUCAAAGUUCCAAGUGCGGCGUGAGGGGAGAGAGGGCGGCCAGCCAGCCAGUCAGUCAGUCACAGCACGGAACUUACUGCAAAAUGGGAUGUUUUACAGUAUUAAAGAGCAAGAAGAAAAAAUCUGAAAAGACUAUAUUUGUCAAACGUGUAAACCCACAGGAGCAAUCACCUACUGAGCUGCCUGAACCCCAAGCUCAUAUGCGUGCCCUGCAGUCUGCACCCCCAAGCUUUAAAACCACAGUAAAACCUGUUCAGCCGAAUAAUGGAGUAAGCACUAGCAGGACGCGGACAUUAUCAGCCCCUUCAAGGCUUGAUAUUGCAGAACAAGAUGCGCUUGCAUCCAUGGAAUACGAGGAAGAAGGAUCAAGGAAUCGUAUUGGGUCAAUGAAAGAAUAUAAUAAUUCACCGAAUCCUCAACCUCUUCCGCUCCCUUCACCCCGUGGUACCAAAUCCCUUAGGGCUACAACAAGUUUUAAGAUGGUGAAUACUAGUGGCCCUAUCAAUAUGUCUGGACCACUUCCCUUACCACCUAGUUCACAUCCCCCUCUUCCUGCUAAAGGAAUGCUUGUUAAUUUUACAUAUGAAGAAAUUUCAUCAGCUUGUCACAAUUUCUCUCCUGAGAGAUGUAUGUCUGAAGGUCUAUCAUCUGUCAUAUACCGAGCUUCAUUUGCAGAGGAUGGAUCUGGAGUGAGGAAGCUUGAGGCUACUGUGACACGCCUACACACUACCAACCAGGGUUUCAAGGAAUUUGUAAAUGAUGUGAAUACACUCGCAUCGUUGCAACAUCCAAAUCUCUGCAAACUGAUUGGUUUUCAUGCACGGGAAGGCUCAGACAGCAGGAUGCUGGUGUAUGAGAGGCUAUUUCAUGGUAGCCUAGAAAGGCUUUUGUACGGAAGAUCGGAUGGUCCACCUGUUGACUGGAAUAGUAGAAUGAAAGUCUCAUUAUGUGCCGCACAAGGUCUAACUUUCCUUCAUGAGGAAGGACCCUUUCAGGCAAUGUUCCAAGAAUUCUCAACUGCAAAUAUACAGAUUGACAAAGAUUUUAGUGCCAAACUUUCUGGUUAUGGUUGUAUCAGUCACAUUCCAGAGGCAGAAAUCUCUAGCAGCUCAGUUGCUGGUGCAAAUCUUUCAGUAGAGACGUUGGAGAGGGGUUUGUUGACACCAAAGAGCAAUGUCUGGAGUUUUGGAAUUCUUCUUCUCGAAUUGCUCACUGGGAGGAAACACCUUGAUAGUCAGCAUGCAAAAGAAGAGAGAAAUCUAGUAAAGUGGACUCGGCCUUUCCUGGCAGAUGACUGUCGGUUAUCCUUGAUAAUGGAUCCUCAGCUGAAGGGUCGGUUCCCUGCCAAAGCAGCUCGAACAGUGGCUGACAUUGCUCAACGAUGUCUCCAAGUUGAUCCGUCUGAGAGACCUACAAUGAGGACAGUCGUAGAGCAUCUCAAAACCGUGCAGGAUAUGAAGUAUACAUCCCGGUUUCCUCUGCAGGAACCAGGAGCACUUAGCGGGAAGCAUAUAUCAAGAUCACCUAGCCUAAAUGGAAUCGUAACUCCUGCUCCAAGAUCAAACUUUUCUCAUUCCCCCCCUACCAAUGGACGAUCCAUAUCUCCCACACAUCUUCCCGCACUGCCUCUGGUUCUACCCCCGAGAACAUGUUCAUCCACACUCUUGUUGGAAGAAAUGGAUCGGCAGGAAAGCAGGAGGUCGUCAUCCUUGAUCGUUCGUAGAUCUAGCGAGGGAAUUUGAAGAUAGUCAAUAGUGAGCAUUAUUUGAUUUUUACCCUUAGCCUUUAUUAAUCAGUGUGAUGUUACGUGUUAUAUAGAAAUAAAGAGUUUUCACACAAUUGUGUAGAAAUGAUUUGGUUUGGGUGCUGAUGUUUUUGUAAAUACAUUUCCUGUUGGUGCUGGUUUCCCUCCCACCUGCCUAUUGAGUUAUUGCCAUUUCGAUUCUU